UGUGACUUACUUGCUCUAUAAUACACCUUCCCCCGACUUCACUAAUUUCAUUCCCACGUGUAUUUUUUUAAUCAACCUUUUUGACUCUUCUCUUUCUUCUUCAUCCUAUAAAACCAUAACUUCUUCCUUUCUUACAACUUCGAACACCAACAGCAUCAACAAGAACAUCAUCAAAAACAACAACAACAACAAGAUAUUAUUAAACAACGGUUCGCGAAUGCAAGGUGCAUUAGAGUUACCUCCUGGGUUCAGAUUUCACCCUACUGAUGAUGAGCUUGUGAAUCAUUAUUUAUGUAGAAAGUGUGCUUCUCUCCCAAUUGCUGUUCCUAUUAUCAAAGAAAUUGAUUUGUAUAAGUUUGAUCCAUGGCAUCUUCCAGAAAUGGCUCUUUACGGUGAGAAAGAGUGGUAUUUUUUCUCUCCAAGGGACCGGAAAUAUCCAAACGGUUCACGACCGAACCGGGCGGCCGGAACCGGAUACUGGAAAGCCACGGGAGCCGAUAAGCCGAUUGGAAAGCCGAAGCCGCUUGGAAUUAAGAAAGCACUGGUUUUCUACGCUGGGAAAGCUCCUAAAGGUGUUAAAACUAAUUGGAUCAUGCAUGAAUAUCGGCUUGCAAACGUUGAUAGAUCCGCAUCAAAAAAUAACCACAAUUUAAGACUAGAUGAUUGGGUGUUGUGUCGAAUAUACAACAAGAAAGGGAAGAUUGAGAAAUACAAUGACGAUACAAAAGCAUCAUCAAUGUUUUCUGAGGAAGUUCAAUUUGAGAAUGAGACGAAGCCUAAGAUCGAAACGAACGGUCACGAUGAUUUCAGGAUUGUUAACGAGCAGUUAUAUACUGACACGUCAGAUUCGGUGCCACGCUUUCACACGGAUUCAAGCUGUUCUGAGCACGUGGUUUCGCCGGAUGUCACGUGCGAUAAGGAGGUUCAAAGUGAGCCGAAAUGGAACGAAUUUGUUCUUGGGCCUGAUCCAGUGUCGGCCUUUGAUUUUCAGUUGAAUUUUAUGGAUGAUGGGGAAGAUGACCCUUUUGCCCCUCAGGUUCAGUAUCAAAUGAAUCAACUUUCGGGUUGGCAAGAUGUGUUUACGUACCUACCAAAGUAAUUUAGUUUUGUUAUUUUGAGUAGUGAUGAAAAUAGGUCAUGGUCGUGGGGUUUAAAGGAUGGGGAUCCUAAAAAGGAAGGGUCCCAUGGGUAUUUUAAAUUGGUUGUAGACAAAAAUCACAUUCACAUUCGCAACUACUAACUGCAACUUCAAGUGGAGAUGAUAAUGGUGCAUGUGUGUUCUUCUUGGGUAGGUGAUUACUAGGGACUGUUCUAUUUGGGUUGAUAUUCAUUUGUUGUAUGGUUCAAGUUUUAGAAAUGGGGUCAUUAUUUGUAACUAAAACAAUAAGCACAAUGAUCUCAAUUCUAGAUCCAAUUAGUCAUGUUAGGGGUAUAUGGUAGUGUUAACAUGAAAGGAUUCUUGUAGUAGAAUUUUUUUAA